UGCUCCCCGAGCUGGCUCUAAGCAGGCUCGCGCCCGCCCUCCAGCAGCCGGCAUGGCAGCCCGAAAGAGCCAGCACCCGGCCCGGGAGAGGGACCAGCUUCCUGCCGCAGCAGGGAACCAUAAAGUUCAACCGUGGACAGCAGUUACAAACCAAGCCUUAGAUGUCGCAUGGAGAACAGUGAAGGGACCAGUGAUGUUGGGUAUAUCAUUUCUUGCUGCUGCCCUCUGCCACUUCAGAAGCCUAUAUUUAUAUUUAGGACAUCGGUUAAAAUGGUGGAGCGGAUACCUGCAGAGAAAAUUCAAAAAAAACCUCAGUGUGGAAGCAGAAGUUGAUCUCCUUGGUUAUUGUGCAAGAGAAUGGAAAGGAGAAACAAGCCGUGCCAAGCUGAUGAGGAAGGCUUAUGAGGAACUCUUUUGGCGUCAUCGUGUUAAAUGUAUCCGGCAAGUCAAAGGAGAUAACUAUGAUGCAUUAAGAUCAGUCCUUUUUCAGAUACUCAGCCAGGGCCUCUCUCUUCCAUCCUGGAUGAAAGAAAAAGACAUCAUAAAGCUUCCUGAAAAGCUACUCUUUUCGCAAGGUUGUAAUUGGAUUCAACAAUACAGCUUUGGCCCUGAGAAAUAUACAGGCCCAAAUGUGUUUGGGAAAUUACGUAAAUGUGUUGAAUUAUUAAAGAGCCAGUGGACAGAGUUUAGUGGUAUUAAGGACCAGCACAAGAGAGGAAACAUGUGUAACUGCCUUUUUUCUGAUGAGAGCCUGGAGCACAAGCUGUAUGAAGCUUUAAAAUUCAUCAUGUUAUAUCAAGUCAUCGAAGUGUAUGAACAAGUGAAGAGUGAAAAGGCCAUUCCCAGUCUUUAUCGCCUCCUGUUUUCCAGAGAAACAUCUUCAGAUCCUUUAAGUUUUAUGAUGAAUCACCUGAAUUUUAUAGGUGAUACAUGUGGAUUGCAACAGAUUGACAUGUUGAUUCUUGGACACUCUCUUGAAGUCAGAAUAAAAGUGUUUAGACUGUCUAAGUUUAAUACCAGAGACUUUCAAGUAUACUAUCCAGAGGAACGCCACAGGGAAUGGCCUGAGAUCUGCCUUCUGACUGAAAAUGACCGCCAUUACCAUAUUCCUGUUUUUCAAGUGUGAGAUAGAAUUGGUACUAUUGCCUACAAUAGCAAUGAAUAUGCUUAAAAUAAAGUAUUGCAUGAAAACCAAAGCUUUUUAUCUGGCUCCUGAAGGAACUGAACCUUUUUUUCCCUUCUGGACUUAUGCUGUGAUGGAAUAAGACCUAUGUUGUUCUUUUGGGUGUGUGGUUUCUUCAAAAGACACCGAGAACUAGGAUUUAUCAGUUUGUUUGUUACCUAGUUCACACGGGAUUUGGUUGUUCAAGAUACCUUUGAAUGUCUCAGAAUGUUGACAAAAGUGAGCCUGUAGUUGACUUAGAAAAACUGACCUUUUAAAAGUCUGUAACCUGAAAAUAGUGGGACAUUGUUAACCCUAACCUCAGUAAAAGAAAAGUCCUACUUGGGAAUCUUUCCAUUUGCUGAUUAUGAGUUGAUAUGGCCUUAGCCAUAUCAACAUUAUCAUCUUCAUCCAUCAAGAAUCUCCAUGGUACUUUGGUUUUCUAGAACCAUUUGCUUGACUCUUUAAAAAAAAAAAGAGCAUGCAAGUGGGGAAACUACUUUUAUGCUAUAUUGUAUGAAUUGUUUUAUAUUAUUUUCAACUUUUGUGGCUGGAUCUAAUUGGCUUAACAUUAUGUGUGCAAAAAUGAAUGUUCUUAUUAAAUAUUCCAUAGUUUAAAACAAACAGAUACAAAUACUGUACUGUUUCCGAAAUGUCAACCUAUUAUGCAUCAUAUGCAUUUUUAAUAUGGAAUUACAUGCUCUGAUGUUUCUCUUUGUAUCUAAUGCUAUUUUGAAUGACAGCAUUUUUCUCUGUCAUCUAUAUCAAAUGUCAUUACUGUUAUACUCAAAGAAAUGUAAAUUUGUAAGUUAGAGCUUCUACCAAAUAUUUGCUACUUCAAAGUCAUCCACUUAAGGGGAAGGCAUGAGGACUCAAUAUAGUUAUUCCUCCUUAAAUAUAGUAAGGAAUAGUUAACUAUGAAAUGUAAGGAAAGGGGCAUGUUAGCAAGUGUUAUGGUCCAUGGAAAUCAUACCCAUAGUUAAAAUAAUCUUAAUAUAAUAUUUUCAUAAGCUAAGACUCAUGAGAGAAAUCUCAUAGGUUAUUGUGUACAAUUGUAGUUCAUUAUUUCCUAGCUUAGCAAUAGAAAGUUUGAGUCAAAAGGAUUUGUAUUCCUUAUAUUCCAUAUAAUCCAGUUCAACAUAUGGAAUCUGUGGGUUUGGAUUCUAUGUAAUAUUAACUUUGUGAUCUCUAAGGCUCCCUAUAUCCCUAAAAUUCUGUGAUUCUAACUAGUAACUUUUAAAAUGCUUCUUGUAUGAAAAUAGCAGUUUUGAAGUGUGUACUGGUGUGAUGUAACUGGCUGACUUUCUGUAACAAACUCAUGUUUUUUUUACCUUUGGAUACUGGCUGAGACAGUGAGUCAUUGGCUGUUCUCUGGUAUGUCAAUUUGGCAACACUGCUAAUUGCUACAAAGAAACGGCAGCACAUUCUGUUGAGGUUUUUAAACCAGGAAUUCAGAAUUUUUAAGUUACUCGUUGGUUUGGACAGUCCUCACUUUCUUCGAUUAUUUCAGCACCUACAUACUACUAAAAAGACAAAAACCUUAUCACAGGGAUCAGUAUCUCUCAUUCUGAAAGUGGUACCCAAAAUGAUUUUUACUGGUAUAACAUUAAUGAAUUGCUUCUGGGCCCACAGGGGACUAUGUUUUUUCUCUCUUUCUAAGGAGCCCAUCUGCUGUGAGUCCAAACAUAAGUACUGGACUGUAUGCAGUCCUGCGGGAACCUGGCUUCCAGUUUUAAGGGCAUUAUAUUCCCUUUUUUUCUGGGUAUUUAACCCCCCACCAUGGUGCCCUAGGGAUAAAUUGUAGAAAGCUUAAGUUUAGGCUCUGUCUAGGAUUUUGCCAAAAGGAGGAAUUUAAAAGGUAGUCAGUGUAUAAUAUGAAUCAGAUAUGGAACAGAUAUUUAUUUUCUACACAACAAUAUUAUCGUCUACUGGGAGGGUGAUAUUUAAAGUUUAUCAGAACAUAAAGCAGUUUUUAAGAUUGAUGAUUAACCAUUUUACAUUUCACCUCACCUCUGCAGUGUACAAAAAUUUCUCCAGUACAGCCUUGGGUCAAUAUUCUUGUUUGUGAUCAUUUUCUCUAAUACCGAAGUUGUUCCUGACAUCAACCGUCUAUUCUCUCUGGACCUUAUGAAUUCAUGAGUUCACCUUCAAACCUGAUUAUGUCCACCUCAGUGCUGAUAUUCUACCAUCUACUCGGGAAAGGAAACACAAAUUGGAAAAGGAAAAAAGGACUGGUAUAAAUUUUCUUAUUUGAGACCAUGUUUCACAUAGGAGUGGUGAGGGGUUAGAGGGAAACAGCACAACUUAUUCUCAUCACCCCAUCACCGAGAAUCUAGAGAUAAAACCCACUGCUUGCUGUAUGGGAGCCUUGAUGCAAAACAUAUUGAACUGAAAGUUGUCUCUUGUUUUUAACUGCCUCAGCACUCAGUCCCCCUGCCAUGGUCAUGGGGUAGGAAGAGGAUCAAGGGACCACUAAGGGUUCAUUACAUCAUAGCAAAACGCCACAUGGCUGGAAGAAGGCCCAUAAACCUCCAGCUGGUUGAUUAGAACCAGGAAGGGCAACUCUGAGCAUACUCUAUGGAGUGGCUCCCAGAAUUGUAGAGUACGUGGCAAAACUGAAACUAAACUCCACCAUCUCUUAUUUUCUUCCCUCUGUACCUAUCCCCUUCCCUGGAUACCCAGAAUAUCAAGAGUAAAAAUCCUAGAGGAACAUUUUCCUCUGCCAAUAAAAUCAGUCACCUAGACUCCCUAACUGGGCACCAUUAACUGUCACUCUCUUUUCUGCUUUAACCAACUUACAAUUUUAACCACUACUCCUUUUACCAUUCAUUCACUAGGGAGAACCACUGUGGAUGCUUCACAUCUUCCCAAACCCAGCCCUGGAGGCAAAGAAGGCUUAUUUGGUGCCUUCCAUUCUCUGGAAAGGUUGUAGAUCCCUGCUCUAUUAAGAAACAUUUUCCCCUUUGGUAUUAUAAUGUGAUAUUAUUGUCAAACCCUCAGAAUCCACAUAAUACCGGUUACAUGUGGCAAAUCAGCUUGAAACUUGGGACUGGAAACUUGAAAGUCAAAUGAGAGGAUGAGUGGUGUGUAGAUGACAGAAUGCUACACUCAGUGUUAUGAGGACAGGAUUCUAAUCCCAUCUCAAAUUUACCCAGGUAAGCCUGGGCACGUCACUUAGCCUCUCUUGGCCUCAGUUUCCUCAUCUGUAAAAUGUAAGGAUUGGACUUGAUGCCUUCUAAGAUCCCUUCCAUCUCUAAGUCUUUGAUCCUAAUAUUUCUGUUCAUUCUUAGGUUUGGAGAGAAAAGAAUCUCAAGAUAGAAUUGUGGGGAGAGAGGGGGAGGGAAAAGCAUCCAAAGAUUUGGAAAGUAUGAAACAUCAGGUAUUAACCAAAUGACUUUUUAUUUAGUUGAAUAUCUUUGGGAAAGCCAAAACAUCAAAAAUUAAUGUCUUGCCUUUGAUCUCUAAUUUAUAAACCCAAUUAACUUGAUUUAGUUAACUGGGCAUGGUUUGUUAACUCUGUUGCCACUGAAUAUGAAUUAGGGGGAAAUGUCAGCUUCCUGUAUGAUGGCAAUAUCUGAAUGUCUUUCACAUUUGUUUUAAGACUAUGUAAAAUUUUAUACAUAAAAUAUAGAAAUCUCUUUCAUCUUU